CUCACGGUUGGCGCCACAGUCGAUAACAGAAAAAGAAAAAAGAAAAAGAAAAAAGAAAAGGAAAAGGAAAAGGCGAGAGAAAUGCGGGAAGAAGAGGAAUCUGGUGUAGCCAAUUUCGGGCUUCCCGAGGAAGUGCUGGAAGUCUUACCGUCGGAUCCAUUUGAGCAGCUCGAUGUGGCUCGGAAAAUCACUUCCAUUGCUCUCUCCAUGCGUGUUUCUGCGCUCGAAUCCGAAUCCUCCGCUCUUCGUGCUCAGCUUUCCGAGAAGGACGCGCUCAUCGCGGAGUUGCAAUCGCAGAUCGAGUCACUCGAUGCCGCCCUAUCCGAGAAAUCCGAAAUUCUCGCCCGCGCCGAUCAGGAAAAGGAGACGUUGUUGCAAGAGAAUGCAUCGCUUUCUAACACCGUGAAGAAGCUUACUCGAGAUGUCUCGAAGUUGGAAGUCUUCCGAAAGACGCUAAUGCAGUCCCUACACGAGGAAGAGAGCUCCACAGGAAGUUCAGAGGCUGUCGUUAAUCUAGAGAGUCAGGAAAGUUUGCCCUCUGCUCCGCAGGUUGGAGAAGAUGAUUUAUCAUUGCCACCAUCUAAAUACUCGUCAAUCCAGAGCAACGCCUCUGAAACAGUGAACCCUGUAAAAGAUGAGCCUGAGGCAGAUGUGGCAGCUUCAAGACCUCGUGUAUCGAACAGCCUUCUGUUAGCCUCACAGACUAGCACACCUCGGCUGACACCUCCCGGUUCUCCCCCUAUUUCUUCUGCAUCUGUGUCCCCUACCAGAACAUCUAAACCUGUUUCCCCAAAGCGACAUUCAAUGUCAUUCUCUGUUUCAAGGGGGAUGUUUGAUAGAACCUCAAUGUAUUCUUCUGUCUCCAGCAAUCACAGUUCAGUUUCAAGCCCUCAUGCAGGGGCUCAUACUGGACGAACUCGGGUCGAUGGAAAGGAAUUCUUCCGCCAAGUGAGGAGCCGAUUGUCCUAUGAGCAGUUCAGUGCAUUCUUAACCAAUGUCAAGGAGCUGAAUGCCCAUAAGCAAACAAAAGAGGAGACGCUUCGGAAGGCUGAUGAGAUAUUUGGCCCGGAUAACAAGGAUCUUUUUACCAUAUUUGAAGGGUUGAUUACUCGUAAUGUGCACUGAAAAUGCUUUGGAUAUAGUGUAUGUAAAGUUUAUAAGCAUCGUCUGCACCUGUCAACUUCUAUUUAUUGUAUGUAUUACAUAUAUUCAUUUUGAUUUCCAUGAAAUAAAAUUUCGAACUUAGCAUUAUUAAUC